CUCACGAAUAAUGAAACUAAAAAUUUUUCCCCUCAAUUUUUUUGUUCUCCAGAUGAUGGGCUUUUGGAGGCCACCUCACUGGUCCUCUCUAGUUAAAAUAGUUAUCUAUCAUUUUUAUUCGUGCUUUAUGUGCUUUACCUUACACUCGGUGACAAUUUAUCAGUUGAUCGAAAUUAUUAAGUCACCAGGUAGUGUAGAUAAUUUUAUUAAGAACUCCCGAGUGCUUCUGACUAUGAUGAACGCUUGCGCUAAAUCCAUAAACUUUUUUAAGAGAAGGGGUGACAUUUUGAAGGCCAUUGACCUUAUUGCCUCAUCCCCAUGUUGUCCUCGCGAUGCUGCAGAAGAUCUUAUUCAGGGGAGGUACGACAGGUGUAUCAGGAGAAAUUCCAUAAUUUAUGGGGGAAUCAUCCACACAGCGGUAUGCUCUCGCGUUCUCGAAGCAGCCAGAGAAUGUGCUCCCAAUCGUAUGCUACCAUUCAAAUCCUGGAUUCCGUAUGGCAUUGACUCAGACUUGUCAUUCUGGCUUACCUACAUUCAGCAAAAUCUCGCUGCAUUCAUCUCCGGAUAUGUCAGCAUUUGUUACGACACCAUAGUGCCAGGAUGCAUGGUGCUAACAUGCGCACAGCUUCAGAUUUUUAAGAGCCGACUGCAACAAUUCUGCCCCAUUGACAAUAAAAUUGCCGGGGAAAAUCCGAGUAAUGGUGAUGCGGAUCCAAAACUUAUUUCAGACUGCGUCCAGCAUCAUCUGAAAAUUCUCCAAUUUGUAGAGGCAACGAACAACAUAUUCACCGCCACACUGUUCACUCAAUUCUCAAUAAGUUCGCUAGUCAUAUGUGUGAGUGUCUAUGAUCUAUCAAAAACUACCCCAUUUACCGGUGAUUUUGUGGAAGUGGUUUUGUAUUUAAUGUCGAUGUUGCUUGAACUGUAUAUUUUUUGUCUUUAUGGGAAUGAUGUCACUGUGGAGAGUGGUAGGAUCGCGAAUUAUAUUUACGAUUUGGAUUGGCCGUCGCUCGACACGUCUGUUCAAAAGGACCUCCUGAUCGUCAUGAUGAGGACGAUGAAGCCACUCAGAUUCACCAGCGGUCACAUUUACGUACUGUCCCUCGCAACGUUUUCGGGGCUCCUCAAAACAUCAUAUACAACGUACAGUGUUCUCCAACAAAUGUCAGACUCAACACAACACAGUGAAUAUAUUAAUACGGAAGGAAUGCAUUUGUCGCCAGUUGCAUUUUCACCCCAGAUUCAGCAACAUUUAGUCACCAGUGGAGUCAUGAAAGUGUCAAUUCUCUCUCUCAACUUCUUCGUCCUCCAGAUCAUGGGCUUUUGGAAGCCGCCUCACUGGUCCUCAUCCUGGAAAAUAAUUAUCUACAAUUUUUACUCCUGUCUCAUGUGUUUUACAUUGUACUCGGUAACCGUGUCACAAUUGAUCGAGAUGAUCAGGUCACCAGGUACUAUCGAGGAUGUCAUUAACAACUCUCGAGUGCUGCUGACGAUGAUGAAUGCCUGCGCCAAGUCUUUAAGCUUCAUUACCAGGAGAGAUGAUAUUCUGAAGGCGAUUGGCAUCAUUGCCAGCCCUCCGUGCAAUCCUCGUGAUCCAGGGGAAAUUAUCAUUCAAGAAAAAUACGACAGAAGCAUCAGGAUGAACUCAAUUAUUUAUGGAGUAUUUAUCCAGACCUCAGUGAAUACUGUUAUUCUCCAGACAGCCAUGGAAUGCAUUCCCAAUCGAAUUCUACCAUUCAAAUCAUGGAUACCCUACGAUAUUACUUCAGAUCUGAUAUUCUGGCUCACCUACAUCCAACAAACUGUCGCAACAUAUGUCACCUCAUACGUCAACAUUUGUUAUGACACUAUUGUGCCAGGAUGCAUGGUGCAAACGUGCGCUCAAUUGCAGAUUUUCAAGAGCCGUUUGAAAGAUUUAUGUGACCGCGAUUGUGAAAAUAUUAAACACUGUGACGACAGCGAGGAUAAAAAACUUGUUUCUGACAUCGUUGAGCAUCAUCUUAAAAUUCUCAAAUUUGCAGAAUUGACAAACAGCAUAUUCACCUCCACUAUUUUCACUCAAUUUGGGAUAAGUUCACUGGUGAUUUGCGUGAGUGUCUACGAUCUGUCAAGAGCCGCUCCGUUAUCACCUUAUUUCGUGGAAGUCACCCUGUAUUUAAUGUCAAUGAUGCUGGAAAUAUAUCUCUUCUGUUUCUACGGGCACAAUGUCACUGUAGAGCCAAAUUGGGAGCGACAUUUACGACUUGAAUUGGGUUUCGCUGAAAAUUCCAGUGCAGAAGAGUCUCCUAAUUAUCAUGACCAGGUCCAUGAAGCCACUCAUAUUCACCAGUGGACACGUGGUCGUGCUGUCGCUUGCGUCAUUUACCAGUUUACUAAAAAUGUCGUAUUCUGCCUACAACGUUCUUCAACAAGCGUCGUAGAGACGUGACGACAUAUCCACGACGGACAGCCGACUAUCCGCCAGUCGUCAAAGUCGAUAGUCUUAGCCUCUCAGAGUAACGCAAAGCAAUUAGGAAAGAGGAAGGGAAGGAAGUGUUAUCACUCGAAUCAUUCAAUAGUGGAGCAAUGAAUGUUAAUGAGAUUUAUUCCUACUUUCGUUAAUUAAUAACAAUCUAUGAAAUAAAUAGA